AUGAAUGACGAACACACUUAUGAAUGGGAAACCAUCACAGCAGAGCUAAACAUCAUAAAACCAGUGAAUGAGAUUGAGAUACAGGACGUGCUAGGCAAGAGUCUCGACAAACUGGAAAAAUGGGAAGCAUUCUACGAAAUGUAUGCGAAACGGAUGGGUUUCGGCACAAGGAAAGACGAUGUACGACGUUCUCAUGGGGUCAUUGUAAUGCGGAGGUGGGUUUGUUGUUCAGAGGGUUCGAAAAAAAUCGCAUCACCGGACACACCAAGAAAAAAAAGACCUCAUGAUGUCAGUAGAACCGGAUGUCAGGCAGCAUUGCGUAUUUUACUCACACAACCGUCUAACACUUGGAAAUGCAAAGAGUUCAGCACAAUGCACAAUCACGAGUUGGCUUCAUCAAGUGAGGUACAAUUUUUGAGAUCAUAUAGAGUUGUCUCCAAUGGGUUGCUUGCCCAAGUCAGGUCGAUGAACUCCGUAGGAAUUAAAACUGCCAACAUAAUGUCUCAUGUUGCUUUGCAAAGUGGAGGUUACGAGAAAAUGCCAUGUCAACUUCGAGAUGUGUACAACAGGGUUGCUGGUGCGAAGCGAGAAGAGAAGAUAGAGACGGACUCAGAAGGGGCUCUGGGAUUUCUUGAUUGUCUCGCAGAGAAGGAUCCUAAUUUCUUCGUUGUCUAUCAGGUUGACGACGAGAAUCGCUUGGCUAACUUAUUCUGGGCAGAUGGAAACUCACGCGUGGACUAUGUAGCUUUUGGGGAUGUACUAGGAUUUGACACAACCUACAUGACGAAUGAGUACAAUAAGCCCCUCACUGUUCUCAUUGGCGUCAACCACCAUUUCAACACAUGCAUCUUCGGAUUUGCUCUCCUCCUCCACGAGAAGCUUCCAUCAUAUUCUUGGCUACUUCAAAAAUUUCUAGAAUGCCAUGGAGAUAAGAAGCCAAGUGUUGUAGUUAACGACCAAGAUGCGGCCAUGAAACAAAGCUAUCGUUGA